UGUUAGUCGCAAUUCUGUUGUUGUGGGAGUCAUGGCGUCUUACAGUAAACUGUCAGAUCUUUUCCUCAUUGAGAGCCAGCUAGACUAUGCUUUAGAAGACGCGACGACUCAAGAAGAGAAGGAAAAUCUCGUACAUCAGUAUUUACACAAAAUAGACGAAAAGGACGAUUUAAUUAUACCGGAUUUUGAAGAAGGACUGGAAUGGUUGAACACAGACGGCCCGCUGUCACUCAGGAAGGAACUGUCGGGCAAAGUGGUGGUGCUUGACUUCUUCACCUACUGCUGCAUAAACUGCAUGCACCUACUUCCUGAUCUACACCAGUUGGAGCAAAGUUACACCAGAGAAGAUGGUCUGGUUGUCAUAGGUGUGCACUCAGCUAAAUUCCCCAAUGAGAAAGUCCUACAGAACGUACGCAGUGCGGUGUUGAGAUAUGACAUCACCCAUCCCGUAGUGAAUGACAGCGAUGCCCGUCUGUGGCAGGAGCUGGAGGUGUCCUGCUGGCCCACGCUAGUGGUGCUGGGACCCAGGGGAAAUCUGCUUUUCUCCCUGGUGGGUGAAGGCCAUCGAGAACAGCUCUUCCUUUUCACUGAGGCCGCCCUCAAGCACUACAGAGAACAAGGGCUGCUCAAGGACCAUGAUGUGGGAAUCAAACUGUAUAGAGACUCCCUGCCCCCCUCCAUCCUCUCUUUCCCUGGGAAAAUAGCCAUGGACCCCAGCAGCAAGCAGUUGGCUAUUGCCGACACAGGACACCACAGGGUACUGGUGGUCUCCCAUACUGGGCAGCUGCUGCACACAAUAGGGG